CCUCCCGUUCGCGGCCGAAGGCGGAAGGAAGGAGAAACGGAGCCGUCGUUCUCGUUAGCUCGAAGCGAUAUCGCAAGUUUCCAUAAUCGGCUGUUGUAUCCCUCGCUCCGACGUGGCACGACAAUUCCCCACGUCAAUUGUGCAUCGCGGUCGAACCGGUUUCCUUUUCGCAAGAACGACUCGAUCGGAGUAUUAGAUCGUGAGUGAGUGAGAAUUUUCAUUCAGGAAAGUGUACUCGAUGCCAACGUGUUUACAUAUCCUAGCUCAUAUAUUUAUAUUUCGAUCGCAGUUUCCAAGUCACGAACUUAAUGUGUGAUUCUCCUCUUUAUUUCUAAGAUGUGAAAACUGAAUUUCUUUCUUCAAAAAGAGACCUAAAGAUGCGACAAGUUCCGGUGACUUUCUGUGCAUCCGCGUGAUAUGAGUCGUUUAUAUAAUGCCAAUCGGACAAUAUAAAGAUGUUACUUCGGCACUCAAUCCGAUGCAGUGAGUCGGCAUGAAACAUCUAUCAACGGAAUCACAUAUUAAUACUGAGCGUGCUCUGUGUAGAAUGAAGAACCGGUUCAGGCAACACUGCUCUGUCAAAUCAGCGCGCCUAACUUCUCCGAAAUCGUAAUUCAUAUAGAGAGAAAAAUAAUUUUUUUAUUUAUCGCCUCGGAUAUUUUGGAACACUUUAUGGUUUCUGAAAUACGUGUAAAAAUUAAAACUUCUAAGACAACGAUUUCAAAUAGUAAAACAAUUCGUAAUUUUUUAAUUUAUUGAAUUAAAUUUUAAAAAAUCAAUUUAUUAUUUCAAAGUCUCAUAAUGUAGGUAUAACUUAAUUGUAACAAUUGUGAUCAGCAAUUUAUUUAUUCGGAUUAUUGUUGUAUCCUUUCAUAGCAAACUUAAACGAAUACACGUAUUUAUUGCAUGCCGCCACCGAUGUUCACAGCAGUUCAUUGCUAAUCGAUAUCAAAACAAUCUAGAGAGAAUUUGCUUAUCAUCCGUUUAUUUAUCAGACCUGCAAAAUGGCAAAAUUGUAAACAGGUAAACAAGUGUAAUUUUUCCGUACGCGACCAAAAGCAAAUAGAUUAUCAAACCAAGAUAGCAUAUAUAGUGCAAAGGUGAGUGAGCAAAAAAUUUGGAUCGUCUCAACCAAGAUCGUGAAUACAACAAUUUAUUUUUCUUUUCUUUAUCGCUCGCAUUUUUCUCCUCAAAAGUGAAUUACACCGUUUUAAAUUAUAUCGAUUUAAAAAGUAUUUCAAUAGUGAGCUUCAAGAGACCUGUAUCCUCGCCAUUCAAGAAUUGAAAAACUAACUGGAUAAUGGCCAAGAAAGAUAAAUGCGACAAGUACAUUGUGCGAAGGUUGCCGAUCCUUAACUGGUUGCCACGAUACAGACCCGCGUGGCUUUUACAAGAUGCAUUGGCCGGCAUCACGGUCGGUCUCACUGCAGUACCGCAAGGAAUCGCUUACGGUAUUGUCGCCGGUUUAAAUGCCGAGUAUGGACUGUACUCGGCAUUUAUGGCAUCAUUUGUAUAUAUUAUUUUUGGUUCAUGUGAAAACAUCACUAUUGGUCCAACAGCCAUUAUGGCCACCAUGGUUCAACCGUUAGUUACAGACUACGGUGCUGACAUGGCUGUACUAAUUGCCUUUUUAAAAGGAUGCAUCAUUGCGCUUUUAGGAAUUCUUCAUUUAGGAUUUUUACUGGACUUCAUAUCGCUUCCUGUAAUUACUGGCUUUACAUCAGCCGCGGCGAUCAACAUUGCGUCUUCCCAGUUUAAGUCACUCCUGGGAAUUCCCGGUAGAACCGAGAGCUUUCUGGAUUCUAUAAUAGCGAUCUUUAAGAAUAUCGAACAGAUCCGGUACCAAGACACGUUGUUAGGAAUUGGUACUAUCAUUGUGUUAGUGUUGUUCAAGAAAUUACCAGGGCAACGUACGGGAACAAUCUUGCAAAAAAUAGGAUGGCUUCUCGGUCUGUCUCGCAAUGCGUUAGUCGUAAUUUCAGGCACUAUCAUGGCGUACAUUUUUUACAUUAAUGGUCAAAAUCCUUUCAAAUUAACGGGCACAAUGGGGCAAGGUUUGCCACCUAUCGCGCCACCGCCGUUCUCCACGACCUUUCGGAAUCAAACGUACAAUUUUUUGGAUAUGACCAGCGCAAUGGGAACGACGUUAUUCACGAUACCGAUCGUAUCGACCAUCGAGCACAUAGCCAUAGCGAAAGCCUUCGCAAAGGGUAAAUCUUUGGACGCCACGCAGGAGAUGAUCGCUCUAGGAGUCUGUAACAUCUUUGGGUCGUUCGUCCGUUCCAUGCCAGUCACCGGAUCUUUCACGCGAACGGCCGUCAAUCACGCGUCGGGAGUUAAAACCCCCAUGGGUGGAAUAUUUACAGGCGUUCUGGUGUUGCUCGCGCUCGGUCUCUUGACCUCUACCUUCUACUUUAUACCGAAGGCUACGCUCGCCGGUCUCAUCAUCUGCGCCAUGUACUACAUGCUCGAUUUCGAAACGUACGUCUUGCUAUGGCGCGCCAGAAAGAUCGAUUUCUUUGUGAUGAUGUUGACUUUGCUCCCAUGCGUCUUUCUUGGUCUGGAGUACGGUAUCUUAAUUGGCAUUGUUGUGAAUCUUAUAGCGUUGCUAUACUUCUCAGCGCGGCCUAACAUUCAGACGAAAAUCGAACAGAUCGAGGGGGAGACUGUUAUAAUCGUUAUACCCGAAGAAUCAGUAGCCUUUCCAGCGGCGGAGCGCCUACGUGCUAACAUAAUGAAGCUUUCCGGAGAGAGUGAAUGCAACGUGAUACUCGACUGUACGAAUCUCAAGAGGCUCGACGUUACGGUCGCUAAGAACGUCAAGCUCCUGGGAAGGGACCUUUCAGUACGUGGACAAACAAUUGUCUGCAGUAAUUGCUGCGAGAACGUGAACGCCACUCUGAAGGUUGUGGCGCCGGAAUUAUUGGACCUCAAGGAAGACAAGUUCUAAAAGAGGAGGAGCGUUUUCCUCGCACGCGCACAAAUCUGAACGCGACCGCCUAGGUUUUUUUUUUUAUGUAGAUACAUCAAGUGACACUUUUUAAUAAAUAUAUUUAAUUUAGAGAGAGAGAGAAAGAGUGCGAUCGAAUAUUGAAGAUGUACGUGUCACAUUUCGAAAUCCUAUAGAAAGUUUAAAAAACAAACGUUCCAUUAUCACGUUUCAACAUUUCUGUAAAGGUCGUUCUACAUUAAUCGCAAAUCGCAAGUUGCAACUUACAACAUCCAAUGACUGUCGAGUUUUAACUAGAAACUAGUCGCUCAUUGGGUGUCGCAGGUGGCAACUUGCGACUUGCGAUUAAUGUAGAACGGGCCUAAAAUGUCAGCAUAAUUCUCAUGUCAUUUUAAAAGUUAUUUAAUUUUUUGUUUACUCUUAAUUGUAAUACUUAAUUGUAUACUCUUAAUUGUUAUACUUAAUUGUAAAUUUGAUUAAAAAGAAUUACAAAUUUAGUCAAAUUUUGUACGCAUAUUAAGAAAAAUCUAAUAAAUAUUCGUGCAAUAAUUCAUUUCAA